GUAAUAAACGAUCUCUGUGUUGGAGCGCGUCGGCCAAAUAAAUCCCACCGCCGUGUCGUCAGUUCCGUAAAACGUUCCUCUUGCAUCCAAUUUGGGAGAAAAGGGAUUAAAGGUUGUAAACGAGCAGGUCGAACGAAACGAAAAUUAUCGACGGUGUUGUGAUGUCACUAAAACAUAAUUAGAUAGCGUAUUUGUUUACACUUGGCUAGUUUUUCCUUACUAGACUGACAGUGUGACACGUCGGUCUGACUUAGGGACGUGCACUAAGUGGGAUGCUCUGGCGUUAGCCUGUUAUUAGCUCGCAGGCUAGUUUCCCGUACAUCUCGAAUCUAAGGACAGGACCAGGAGCUCGCCAAACAGCGAAAAAAAUGACAGAGAGCAUCAUGAGCAAAGCAGCAACAAUGGAGAUUCCAAUCAACAGUAAUGGCGACACAGGGACACUACCAGAAGACGACGGCCUUGAACAGGCUGCAAAGAUGCAGUGGAGCUUAAAUGAGAAAGUAGGAAGCUCCAGAGGCGGCAGGGAUCUACAGCAGGUGAUGGUGUCGGGUCCCAAUCUGAACGAGACCAGCAUCGUGUCAGGGGGUUAUGGAGGAGCCGCAGAGGGAAUCAUACCCACCAGCUCGGUCAAAGGACCUGCUGUGAGCUACAACGCAGACUUUAACAAAAGGAUCCCAGUUACAGGACUAGGUUCCAACAUGCACCACAGCAGCAGUAGCUCGUCACUGACGCCGGAUGAAAUGAGCCGCGGCGUGGCUGUGGAAAAACUAGAAACGGUGAAGAAGUGGGGUCUCAACACCUAUAAGUGUACGAAACAAAUGCUCUCAGAACGUUUUGGUCGGGCUUCCCGGACCGUGGACCUGGAGCUGGAGGCUCAGAUCGAAGUGCUGAGAGACACAAAGAGGAAAUAUGAGAACGUGCUGCGACUGGCCAGAGCACUGACCAACCACUUCUACAACAUGGUGCAGACGCAGCACGCGCUGGGUGACACCUUCGCCGACCUCAGUCAGAAAUCUCCAGAACUACGGGAUGAGUUUGGCUACAAUGCAGAGACUCAGAAGUUGCUGUGUAAGAACGGCGAGACUCUGCUGGGUGCCGUUAACUUCUUUGUGUCCAGCAUCAACACGUUAGUCAACAAGACGAUGGAGGACACGUUGAUGACCAUCAAGAUGUUUGAAAGUGCCAGACUGGAGUUUGACGCUUACCGGUCAGACCUGGAGGAACUGAGUUUGGGUCCGAGGGAUGCUGUAGCCAUGGCCCGUAUAGACGAUGCUCAGCAGGAGUACCAGGUGCAGAAGGACAAGUACGAACGCCUGCGUUCAGACGUCAUCAUUAAACUCAAGUUCCUGGAAGAGAACAAGGUAAAGGUGAUGCACAAGCAGCUCCUGCUCUUCCACAACGCCAUCUCCGCCUACUUUGCUGGCAACCAGCAGCAGCUGGAGCAAACACUGAAGCAGUUCAACAUAAAGCUGAGGCCCCCGGGGGCAGACAAGCCCUCCUGGUUAGAGGAGCAAUGAGAGGGCCCCCGUUGCUGGACCUCCUCCUGCAGCCUCCUCCUCGACCACCACCGCUCCACCUGUUUCCUGUUGAAACCCCAACGUACAGAGGACCAGAACAGAGGGAGGACACGUGCAGACAAAUGGGUGGAUGAAGGAGAAUGAGACGAUUGUGAGGCUGGAUGAUUGGACAGAUGAGUGGACGAUGAAUCACAGGGUGUUGGUGAAGAACGUGCUGAUGCAGCAGGAAACACGAUGCCAGUUGAAUGAACAGUCUCUCUUGGGGCUUUUUAUUGCCACCACUCCUGAUUGUCUUUUUUUUUUCUCACUCCAACUUCGUUCUUGUGCUUCGUUCCCUUCUUAGUUUCUCCCCUUUCUCUCAUCUCCUCCUCCGUCUAACUCUCCAUUAAUGUUCGCCGUGUCUGUUCUUAUGUUGUUCAUAUUUAUGGGCUAUUGUUGUUCUCCCGUAGAACUGAGCUACAGUUUGACCCCGGACCUUGGUAGCAACAGAGACAGGUGAGGAGAAAACGGAUUCCUAUCUCCCUAACUAUACCUGAAAUACUAAAUUAAUUUUAAAAAGUACACACAGAGGGAUGUGCACUAUUCACUGGAAGAGCAAAGAGCAGCACUGGAUCCCUUUUUAUAAAUACAUCUAUAAUUAUUUGUAGAUUACAACAAAAAAGAUUUAUGUUUUAGAGUUUGUUUUAAUUUGAAUGUUGCUUCAUUUUCUAACCACUUCUAUAUUUUAUUUCUGGCCUCAGAGUAAGUGAAGAAUAGUUCUCAGACAGCAUCGACCGUGGGGUUUAGACAUCAACCAAAAAGUGCCCCGGGUGACAGUAACAACAUGGGACGUGACAUCACUUUGCAUAUCCACUCAUUUUAAGAUUCUUACAUCGAUGCCCAUCAGUCACUGCUUUAAGCUGAGGAAAUACGACCAGAUUUUUUUUUGCCAAAUUUCUACCCAUGAUUGUCAGUCCACUCUGGUCUGUACUAGUUGUGGUCGGCAUUGCCUGACCUGACCUGAUCUGAUCUGAUCUCAUUUGCCAUAAAACAAACACAUUUGGAUCAUGUGACGUCAUUACAUAAUGAACUGCAAACACAUGUUGCCAACAGCCAAUAAAAAAAGAGAAUAAUAACAAGAUAAUCUCAAUGAUUGUAAACAGAGACCAGCAAACCUGCACCACAGAAACUGAGAUUAUAAAGACUAAUGAGCUUUUGGCAGGAGCACAAGUGUCUUUAUAAAGUUGGUAACAGAGCAAACCUCCCUGGAUCUGAACGCAUCGCCUGGUUUGUAGUUGGAUUGGCAAAUCAUGUCGUUGGUAUUCCCUUAUUGGAUGCAGUUGUUAGGUGUGUGUGUGACUCCCCAAUCCUUCUGUUGCCAUGCUAAAAUCUGCUCAUACCAGUCCAUCAGUGUGGACUCUUCUGUAAUGACUGAAAUCGUCUUCUGCAGCUCCUGAGUUCAUCAGAUUCUGCAUCAGGAGAAACUCUGCAGCUCACUUUGUCAGCAAACAUUUCCCUCUCACCGUGUAACAAACUGUAUCUGUGUUCCUCCAACCCGGGGGGUUUUUCAAAGCCUGACAUUGUCAGCCAAACGCUUUUUUCCUGUAUUAGUUAAUUUAGCUGUUUUUCCCAAAUCCUCCAAUCUUUUUUUUUCUGUUUUUUUUCUUCACACUCUCUAGUCCCAGGAGUCUCAAAAGAUUUUUUUUUCAAUAAUGAUUUUGUUUGAAAUUGGGUUUGAAAAAAAAACAAGCGUCUAUAUCGCCCUCUAGAGUCUGCUCAUGGAAAUUCUAGCUGGACCCCAGUGUGUCAGAUUCAUUUGUAAUGUGCAUGUGGUCAGUAUAAAAAAGUCUUUUGAAUCUUUGUAUAAAACCUUACGGAGAGUUCAUCAUUCCACAUUGACUUCUAAAUUUGCUCAGACUGCAUCAACGUAUAUUAAAUUGGGGUUGAUUACUACGAUAAGAAACUAUACACUUUAUUAACAAUUCUGCACACUGAAGAUGAAAAUAGCUGUGCAUAAAUUACAAAUACUAAUAUUUUAACAUUAAAUAUUUUUAUUUUUGGUGAUCAGUUUAGUAGUAGUGGUGUGUAUUUUUUGUUUUUUGUUUUUUUUUGUCUCUGUUGUUCCAAUAGAAUACAAUCAUACAUUUUUGACAAUUACAAACCUGUUUUUGCUGCAAAAAAUAUAAUUGUAGCACAAAUGUAAAGAUAGAAUAUUAUGUAGAAAUGUAUUUAUUCAUUGGUUGUAUUUUAUUAAUCUAUUGAAAUUGACUUAUUUCUACACUGGAACCUGAAAAUUGUGCUAAUUACUUGAUUUAUCUACAAUAUCACGGUUUUGCGCAAAAGUCUUGGGCCACUUUUUGGAAAUAUAUUUUCUAGAAUAUAUUAAGCAGAUGUUAUUAUAUAACCCCUUCAUACGAUUAAUCAGCUUGCAAGCGGAAAAUGAUCUGGUGACCAAAGAGGUUGACGUUAAAGAAAACAAGAGGAAGCCAAAUCAAAACUUCACAUUUAGUUUCUCUCUGAGCUUUUACUUUGAGAAAAAAAAAAAAAUCAACACCUUGCAGUUUUUGUCCGAUGCCAAUUUAAACAAUUUCCCAGUCCAAACAAGCUUGGUCCAAAGUUGUCCCCCUGAAGGACGGCAGCCAAAAAGUUUUUAUUUGGUUUUAAAGUAUUGGUCUAAAGUGCCAACUUUCAAUAUGUUUUUUUGAAGAUGUCUGGUAAAAUUUGCAGUACCUGAUUAUUAACUUGUGUCUUUCAUCAUCUGUCUUUCAUAGUACGCUACUUUGUUUUGUUGCAUCUUGUUAUAAUUCAAUAAUUCUUGGCCAUUAAAACUCUGCAUAAUUUCCCGCUUGUUGCAGCUUCAAGACUUUUGCGCAAGUGCUGUCAAACCUAUUUGCAGAAGACAAACUCAAAUGAAAGGUUGAAUUAAUCUUGUUUGAAAUGAAGAUAAUCCUGUGUCAUUAACAUUUAUCCAUGCUGCUUUUAGCAUCACUUAACGGUUUAAGUGUUCUGGCUAUUUUGCAUUUUCAGGCAGAUGUAGAUCAAUAGUAAAAAGUGCAGAUGUGUGUGAACGCACUUUUGCCUUUCCACGCUGACAAAACUGCUUUUAGUUCACGGAAAUGAUCAGAAAAAACAGAUUGUUUCACUUUAACUUGAAAACAAAGAUAUUCUUCUUCUUUUAUGGAUCUCCUUUGUUAAAAGUGAAAGGUCUGUAAAAUCCUGGUCUCAUUUUAGACUUAGUUUACUGUUACAUUUUUCCAGCUCACAGUUUGUUUAACCAUCACACAGCAAUAUUAAAAACAAAAUCUGACUCCUUUUUUCCCAUCCCUAAGAAAAUCCCUCUCCCUAACAAUGGAAAAAGGAUUUAUCAAGGAAGAAAUGUUAUUGGUGUACAAUCAAUGUUUCCCCAGGUGGCGCUGGCUGAUUGUACAUUAGAUGUUGAGUAAAGACUCUGUCAAGGUUUGAUGUAAACUCUGCCUUUUUUCCCUCUUUCAGACCUAAAAAAAAUCCCCACCACAUUUCCAAUGGAACACAAUUAAAAGAAGACAUUUUCAAAUGUUCUGCUUAGA